AUGUGUGACGAGAGGUUGGUCAGGGUGACCACCGUUACUCCUUUACUCAGGUCAUUCGCCAUAACUUCCUGUAUCACUUUCAAAGAGGAUACCUUCUCUCGCGUGAUGAACGGGCACAAAAAAAGUAGAUCGCGUGGUGAGGAUAUCGUUCAGCGCGCUUCUCUUAACCGACAACCGUGUGCUCCUUCCCCACGUGCAGCGUGCUCCUUCAACCGUGUGCUCCUUCCCCACGUGCAGUGUGCUCCUUCAACCGUGUGCUCCUUCCCCACGUGCAGUGUGCUCCUUCAACCGUGUGCUCCUUCCCCACGUGCAGCGUGCUCCUUCAACCGUGUGCUCCUUCCCCACGUGCAGCGUGCUCCUUCAACCGUGUGCUCCUUCCCCACGUGCAGUGUGCUCCUUCAACCGUGUGCUCCUUCCCACGUGCAGUGUGCUCCUUCAACCGUGUGCUCCUUCCCCACGUGCAGUGUGCUCCUUCAACCGUGUGCUCCUUCCCCACGUGCAGCGUGCUCCUUCAACCGUGUGUUCCUUCCCCACGUGCAGUGUGCUCCUUCAACCGUGUGCUCCUUCCCCACGUGCAGUGUGCUCCUUCAACCGUGUGCUCCUUCCCCACGUGCAGUGUGCUCCUUCAACCGUGUGCUCCUUCCCCACGUGCAGCGUGCUCCUUCAACCGUGUGCUCCUUCCCCACGUGCAGUGUGCUCCUUCAACCGUGUGCUCCUUCCCACGUGCAGUGUGCUCCUUCAACCGUGUGCUCCUUCCCCACGUGCAGUGUGCUCCUUCAACCGUGUGCUCCUUCCCCACGUGCAGCGUGCUCCUUCAACCGUGUGUUCCUUCCCCACGUGCAGUGUGCUCCUUCAACCGUGUGCUCCUUCCCCACGUGCAGUGUGCUCCUUCAACCGUGUGCUCCUUCCCCACGUGCAGUGUGCUCCUUCAACCGUGUGCUCCUUCCCCACGUGCAGUGUGCUCCUUCAACCGUGUGCUCCUUCCCCACGUGCAGUGUGCUCCUUCAACCGUGUGCUCCUUCCCCACGUGCAGCGUGCUCCUUCAACCGUGUGCUCCUUCCCCACGUGCAGUGCGCUCCUUCAACCGUGUGCUCCUUCCCCACGUGCAGCGUGCUCCUUCAACCGUGUGCUCCUUCCCCACGUGCAGUGUGCUCCUUCAACCGUGUGCUCCUUCCCCACGUGCAGUGUGCUCCUUCAACCGUGUGCUCCUUCCCCACGUGCAGCGUGCUCCUUCAACCGUGUGCUCCCUCCCCACACUCAGCACACUUCUUUACACAGGAUUCACUGAACUCCUCCUCUGAUAUCUCUCACUCUCCGGCUUCCUCGUUAACUGGGAGCAUGUCUUCCGGGAUCUAA